AUGGAGCCCCCCAGAAGAGGUGGUGCAGAACUCUUGUUCGAUGGUGUCAAAAAGCAUCAGGUGACUCUGCCCUCUCAACCAGAGCCUUGGGAUAUCAGGAACCUACUACAGUGGAUCAAACAGAAUCUGUUGAAAGAACGACCAGAAUUAUUUAUGCAAGGGGAAUCUGUGAGGCCAGGAAUUUUGGUGCUCAUCAACGACGCAGACUGGGAGCUAAUGGGUGAGCUGGAUUAUAAACUCCAGGACCAGGAUAAUGUGCUUUUCAUCUCGACAUUGCACGGCGGGUGAACUCCUGGAAAAACAAGAGGACAUGAAUCCAAACCCUUGGGCAAAUAAAACCCACAAACAAAAACUGAAACCUGCCCCAACCUCUCUGGAACUGCCUGUGCCUGAUCUCUGCAUCUUCCCACCACGUUCACAUGUUACUACCCAUCCAAAUAAAGCCCUGCCAGCACGUGGCCUGCUGUCCACCACAACAGCAUCCAUCUUUUGGUCCUCAUUUCGCUUCUCCUGACUGCACUUCCAGGUACCCCCAUGAGCAGAGAGCUCCUGCAGCACGUGGGACUUUGUUUAUCCAUGAAGGGAGAAAGAGGGGUGCUGA